GGUGGCAAGUGAUUGGCACCGGAGUCAACGUGGCGGAGUGCGGCGGUCGUCGAGACAGACUGGCGGAAAGCUGCCGGCCGGACUUUCUGUUAACCAAUAUUCAGGUUUUAGAAGAGUUCUUCAACAUUUUUGAUAGCUAGCCUUCUCAAAAAUAAUGUUUCCAAAAAAGUACGCAUCGGGAUGUGAAAAGCUUAAGAAGAAAAGGAGACUUGAGAAAUUGAUAGAAUCUCAAAAGGGAGCUCUUGACAAAUUCCUUGUAAAACAUAGCAAUGAAGAUGAACAGCAAGAAGAAAUGAGCAAUCUAACAGUUGAUGCUGACGAGAAUGUUCAUGAAGAUGACCGAAUUGAUAAUGAUGAAGCGGGAAAAUCGAUUGGUAAUGAGGUAUUUGAGAAUGUUGAAACAGUGGGAAAUAAUUCUCGGACAAGUGAUAAGCCUAUGGAUUCUGCUUUGCUUGACAUAUAUGAUCCGAGAAAUUGGAACACGCUUGAUUCUAAGUCGAUAGAUGUUUUGGUGAAAAAUGGUCCUAAAAGAGAUGCAUCCAUAGUGAAAGGGCCAAAAGAUAAGUUCUCUAGGAGAUUUUCUUCAACAUUUUUCACAAGAUAUUUGGCUAAUCAAGAGCGGAUUGAUAGAGAUUGGCUAGUUUAUUCAAACGAGCUUGAUAAAGUCUUUUGUUUUUGUUGUAAGAUUUUUAAAAAAGGCGGUGGAAGAAGUUCCUUGGUGAACGAUGGAUUUUGUGAUUGGAAACAUCUUAACGGAAGGCUAAGAGAGCAUGAAACAAGUGUUGAUCAUAUGAGUAAUUUGAAAACAUGGAGAGAAAUGCGAAGACGAUUAACAAAAGACGAGAGAAGUGAUAAAGUGGUAGUGGCCCAGGGUCAACUUCUGAAAGAAAAAGAGUAUUGGAGAAAAAUAUUGCUUAGAAUGAUCUCACUCGUGAAGUUUCUUUCUAAACAUAAUUUGGCAUUUCUUGGGGAAAAUGAGCGGUUGUAUGAGAGCAAUAAUGGGAAUUUCUUGGGGCUGAUUGAAAUGUUGGGCGAGUUUGAUCCCGUCAUUCAAGAGUACAUUCGACGUGUACUGAAGAAUGGUAUUCAUCACCAUUAUUUGAGUCAAAAGAUUCCAAAUGAUUUGAUAGAGAUGCUUGCUUCAGGGAUCAAGACUAGGAUAAUUGAGAAAAUCAAUGAAUCAAAAUAUUAUUCGGUGAUACUAGAUUGUACUCCUGAUGUGAGUUACGAAGAACACAUGUCUUUGAUAUUAAGAUGUGUAGAUAUCUCAAUAUAUCCAAUAAAAAUAGAAGAAUUUUUCUUGGAAUUCUUGGCGGUGAAUGACACAACAGGCAAAGGUCUUUUUGAAGAAUUGCAAAGUGUGUUGGAAUCUCUUGAUCUUGACAUUGACAAUGUGAGAGGCCAGAGUUAUGACUAUGGAUCAAACACGAGAGGGGAAAAUCAUGACACAGAAAAUGAUGCAAAAACGCUAAGCCAGGCGAGAUCGCUGGUUGAAAGUGAGUUUUGUGAUUUUGAGUUUUUGGUAGCCACAAUUGUUUGGUAUGACAUAUUGUACGCUGUUGAUCCGGUUAGCAAGAAUUUACAAGCAAAAGACAUGCUUCUUGAUGUUGCCAUUGCUGAACUCAAAGGGCUAAUUUCUUUCUUUGAGAAGUACAGGGACAAUGGAUUCACUAAUGCUUUACAUGUUGCUAAAGAAAUUGCUGCUGAAUUGGAAAUUGAACCAUUGUUCCCACAAAAGGUUGCAAUUCAUAGGAAGAAACAAUUUGAGGAGACUCAUGACAUCAUUGAUGAUCCUCAUCCACCACCGUUACCAGAGGAACUAUUCAGGGUGAAUUUCUUUUUAUACAUACUAGAUCGGGCUAUUGGCUCAUUCACCCAAAGAUUCGAGCAAUAUAAAGCAUUCGAAAGUAUUUUUGGGUUCUUGUUUAGUUUGGAGAAGUUACAAUCUUUGAGUGAUAUGGACUUGGAAUCAUGUUGCAUUCGUUUGGAAGCGGCUCUUAAGAUGGAUGACCAAUGUGUUGAUAUUGAUGGGAGUGAUUUGUGUGUUGAGCUCAAAGUGCUUAGAGAGAAAUUACCAAAGGAAAAAUUGGGAGCUGGAGGCAUACUAAAUUUGUUGAAAAUGAUGGGCUCUCUUCCAAAUGCUUUUAUUGCAUAUAGAAUAUUGUUGACUAAUCCUAUCACACUGGCUUCGGCCGAACGGAGUUUUUCAAAGUUGAAGUUGAUCAAGUCAUACUUACGAUCAACUAUGCCACGAGAGAAGCUCAAUGGAUUGGCGUUGGUAUCAAUCGAAUCCAAAACACUUGAAGAAAUUGAGAUUGACACUUUGGUGGAUGAUUUUGCAUGCAAGUGUGCCAAGGGUAAUGUCUCUCUUUUAAUAUGAAGUUUUUAUUGGUACUGAAACUCUGAAAGAGGCAGUGUAUGCCCUGGCUUGAUUGAUGCCUUUGUAUCUAUAUUUUGAUAAUUGCUCUUUUGCUUUGUUUUGGCUUUACUUUUUCUCUGCAAGAUGCUAUGGAGGAUCAAUCCUUGUACUCUAUUGGGUUUUUGCACCCCAUUAAACAAAAAGCUCUCUUUUUUUAAAGAAAGAAUUUAGUAAUGACUUGUAUUCUUUUGUACAAAAAAACAUGCCCAAAAUGAAUCUAUUCCCCCGGG